AUGGGCUCUGUCGUAUUAUACAGCUGCGUGGAGGUCUUGCCAAUAUCCAAACCCCAGGAGUCGCAGCAGCAGUCUUUUAGUGAGUUGAGCUCUGCUAUACACUGUGACAUGCCAUUGAAGAUUCUAACUCCGAACUGCAGCCGAGUCCUUGUCAACUCUACAUUACUUUUGACUGCACCGGCUCUUCCAUUUUACCCAUUAUCUGGCUCAAUACAAAAUAUACUGGAUACAGAAACAUCCGACAACCAAAUACUGAUGGAGACUACUACCAUAAGCUCAGUGGCAUGCAACCAUCCAAAUAUCAGCCUGGAUAUGAAAUGUACAUUCUUUGAACUAGCUGCCUACACAAGGUCUAUUGAAAGCUAUGUCCGAGGUGAUACUCUACGACUGGACGCCCAGAUGAUGUGCGACAGGCGCAAUCUAGCACAGUACAACCUCAUGUCCAUUCCCAGCACCAGUGGACGGCACCAUGAGAAUGCACUAUCAGAGAUAUGCCGCAUAGCUGCUAUAAUCUACAGCAUUGGCGUGACAUUUCCACUUGCAGGAGUUGGCGCACCAUUCCCAAAACUCGUGCAAUUAUUACAGUCCGAGCUGAAGAACAGUGAGAUUCUAGAAUCGGACCCGCAAGUUUCAACAACAAAUCAAGUCCUGUUGUGGGUCUUGACGAUGGGUGGCAUUGCGUCAAUUGAGAAAUCCGAAAGAAAGUGGUAUGCGACAGCAUUAGUGGAAGUCAUGACUAGAUGCCAACUGUCUGAAUGGACGGAUAUGAGAAACUCGCUGAAGGAGAUUCUGUGGCUUGAUAGUGCUUGCAACAUGGCAGGUAAAGAGCUCUGGAAGGAGACUCACUCGAUUAUGCAACAGCAAUUAGAGCAGGAGAAGGUCGCCAUGUGA